CAGAGUGAAGACCCCAGAAGGACAGUUUCAUUCAGCUCUUGUCUGAUAAGCCUUCCAGCUUCAGAGGAUUUCCUCUAUCUGUCUGCCCUCCUUUGUUGUGUUCACAUGUUUCAAUCUGCAAAGCUGUGAUUGGCUGUCCACAUGCACACCUGCACACACAACGCUGACUAGAAGCACACAAAUGCUCCUCCUCGGAGCAGCAGGUCCCUGGAAGCGAACUGUCAGGGACUGCCGCUGACACACGCUCGCUCUCAGCCUUCUCUUUAGCUGCUGCCAAAGGAGGAGGAGGAGGAGGAGGAGGAGGAGAAGUGAAGCUGGAAGGGAGCAGACUUAAGCAAAGACAGACUCGAGGAGCUGAGAGACUUGGACAAACCUGUCGGUGUGGGAGGCUGGAGGACACCUGCAAGUGAUGCCUUUGCGGACUCUGCUUUAGCAUCUUAUAGUCAGCUUUUUUUUUUUUUUAAUCCGAUUCCCAUUUUGCUUUUAAAGAUGCGAAGAGAUCGUUUCCUUGUGGCUGCAACCCUCACAGCUCUGUUCUCCGCUGAUCUAUAUUUCAUCCUCCUGCCAAAGCUGUGGACCUUCAUGCAAACACCGGGACACUUUUGCUCAUGCGGCUCCAAAAAUUUCAGCCUUUCUGCACCUGAGGGUCUUGGCCCUCCACAGCUCUCCAACUGGACAUUUACAACACCUCUGGAUGAUACAACUACAUCCCAAAUGGCUGAUGGAAGCUCCAAGCUGGAGAAGCUGUUUGCUCAUCCCCUUUAUAACAUUCAAAUUCCACCGCUGGCGCCAGAAGAGAGCCUGCUGCAGGUCGAGCAGCUGAACGAAUACUACAUGAAGAAAGUGUCUCACUGGGAAAGACAUCUGAAACUCUACAAAGAGGUGGCAGUUUUAUCGAACAUCACUGUGAAGCUGCAGGAAAUGACCUAUGACCCCGACGCCAGUUGGCUCAACUUUCACCUGGGAAUAAACCGCUAUGCUCUUUACUCGCGCGAUGACCCCGCUGUCCUCCAGCUUCUCAAGGACAUGAGCAACUUGACAAUAGUCAAUGCAGAUUACACUCAGGAUGAAAAAGCCCUGAAAGGAGCUUGCGACUGCACACAAGUGGUGAAACCCAGCGGGCAUCACCUGAAGCUGGCUCUGAAACUGCGUAACUUUGCCAAAGCCAUGUUCAAACCAAUGAGGCAGCAGAGAGAUGAAGAGACGCCCGACGACUUCUUUUAUUUUGUCGACUUCCAGAGACACAACGCUGAGAUCGCAGCUUUUCACCUGGACAGAAUUCUAGAUUUUAGGAGGGUCCCACCAGUCGCCGGCAGAAUAGUCAACGUCUCAGGAGAAGUUCUCCAAGUGACCCUCAAUGAUGACCUACGAGCGGUUUUCUUCACCUCACCAGCAAACAACACGUGCUUCUUUGCAAAGUGCCUGUACGUUUGUAAGACCGAAUAUGCCGUGUGUGGGAACCCCGACCUGCUGGAGGGGUCGCUCGCCGCGUACCUGCCCGGCCUCAGCAUCGCCCCCCGCCUCUCCAUCCCCAACCCCUGGACGCGCUCCUACUCCUUCACUGGACGCCAGGAGUGGGAAGUGAAUCCAUUCUUCUGCGACGCAAUAAAGCAGCUGCAUCCUUAUAACUCAGGCAACCGGCUCCUCAACAUUAUCGACAUGUCCAUCUUUGACUUUCUGAUUGGCAACAUGGACAGACACCACUAUGAAAUUUUUACCAAAUUUGGAGAUGAAGGUUUUCUUCUCCACUUGGACAAUGCCAGAGGGUUUGGGAAGCACUCUAAGGAUGAGAUGUCCAUCCUGGCUCCAUUAUCUCAGUGCUGCAUGAUAAAACGCUCCACGCUGCUCAGACUGCAGCUCCUGGCCCAAUCUGAGUUCAGGUUGAGUGAUGUGAUGAUGGAGUCCCUCAAGACAGAUCUGUUACGGCCGGUUCUGACCAAGCCACACCUCCUGGCUCUGGACCGCAGGUUGCAGAAGGUUCUCCGAACGGUCCAGCGCUGCGUCCGGAGGUUCGGGAAGGAGGAAGUGAUCACCAGUGACUUUAUUAAACCCACAGCUGAGACUCAGACUGUGACACAGAAAACAGAGCCCAGGUAACACAGGGCCAAACCAAAGCAGCGCGGCUCAUUCUUAAGACUUCAUGAUGAAGUGCAUCCUCGUUUUGAGCCUCGGAGGCUUUGAUUUUUUUCUAAAACCUUAAAUAAACAAAUGCAACCUGACGAGGGAAUUAUAUUGAAAGGUAUUUCCAACGUGAACCACUUCACCAUAAGGAAAGUAAUGCAUUUACAUUGACUUGACCACAACUGUUAGCCUCAAAAUUCACAUGAGUUUCAAUCUUUCUGAAAUAAGCGGCAGAGAAGAGAACAGAAGUUCUGAAGAGAUUUUGUUCUUUUUUUAAAUAACAGAGGUGUGAGUGGAGGGGAAAAGUGCUGCCUAUUAAGAAAUCCUUGUCGUUUACUCCACCCUGUUUCCCAGACGUGUAAUCUCCUGUUUCAUCAUAAUUUAAACACUUUCCUGUCCUGUCAACUGCAGACAGGCUGAGACAAUGGAAAAAUUGGCAACAUUUCACAAUUUUUGCCCUUUAUCUUGCAACUUUAGCAAUUGUGGGUUGCAUUUUUUUGGCAAUAAAUCCCUAGUUUGUUUGUUUUUGGGCUCUCAUCUCACACAUUGAGAAAACAAACGGGUUUUUAGAGAAUUACUAAAUUGAUUUUGGAAUAAAUAAAAGUUUAAAAACG